AUGUUGGCGGUCCGUCAUGAAUAUGCGAGAAGCAGCGCGUUCCACUUGCGGGCGAACCUGUCAAUGGCGAAGCCUGCCGCCGAGGCCGCGCAUAUCGCUUACUCGUGCGACAUCUUCGAUGGCCGCAUUGUGAGCGACAUCCUGAAGCAGCGCGAGGGCAACAACGAGAUCGCCGAGUUCCAGGCCGAGCAGACGAAGGAGAAGGAGGCUCGACCGGAUGAGCCCCUCGUCGAGGCCGCCCGCACCAAGGCCUCGGCCCCGGCGCGGGGUCUGCGCUUCAGGCACUUCGGCACACUUUCUCUCACACUGUACCUGCUACUGUCCUUGUCAUUCGACCCUCAUUGUCCCAAUGUGUGCGAGAAUGCUUGGAGCCUGUCGUGGGAUGUGCUGCGCAGUAUGCUGCCGCGUGCGCUGGCAAGCAGUGCCGAUGGCGUCCACACUGGCACGCCGAUCGUCUACUUCUCAUGCUGCCAAGCCUGCGCCGUUUUGUGGACAUCAGUACAGCCGUGCCUUUCGUCUAUGUCUCUAGCUGCCCCAGCCAAUGCCUGCGUGGGCAUCAACACCGCUGUGCCGUUCGUCUUCCUGGGAGGUGCAGCUGUUGGCUCAGGCACUUGCGUGGGUGCCGAUGCCAUGGCCUGGACCCCAGGCGGCUUGGUCUUCGCUCGCAUCGUGGGAGGCGAAUGCGGCAGGAGGCAAGCCGUCAACGUGGGAGGCCGAGUGAUCGAGUGCCACGAAAACCACGUCUCAUUGGCUGUCCCAGCGUUCGCUGCCAGAGUCAUGGGUGGAGUUUCGUACGAGGCGGUCGUGACCGACCGCAGUGGAACCGAUGUGCACGUCGGCUACGUAGUGGUGCCGAAGAAAAGGCUCAAGGAGGAACCGCCCGAGUCAUGGUUGGACGACUGCAUGCACUUCGGAGAAAACGAGGUCGAGCUGGAAAGGCUUGAGUCAGGUUUGGCGACGGCGGGCGGCGUCCUGUUCACUUCGACCAAGGACGCCGAGGCGGGCCCAGCCCUUGCGCAGCCACAGGGAGCGUCGAGCGUUGGGCUAGUGGCGGCCGCUGCUGGCCUGCGGGCAGGCGUGGGGGCUAGGGCGGCGGAGGCCGCAGCGGCGGUGGCCGGCCUCGACCUGAAAUUGCAGCUGAAGAUGCUGGAGGUGAUCGAGCGGUCCGAGACGGGCAGGGGCAAGGCCAGGUCGUUGGCCGACGUGGGCGAGACGAACGGGCGGCUCGGGCAGCGUCUGCAAGCAGCACGUAAGCUCUACGUCCUGAAGAAGACGCGCGCGAUGCUCGCGGCCAUGCAGGAAUACAUGGGCAACGAGAUGCUUGACCAGGCGCGCGGGCAGCUGGUCCAGAUCAUGAAGGCGCUGGAUCAGGUGGCCAUCAACGUAGGGCUCGUGGAAGGCCGCGGGCAGGCCGCGGUCAAGGACUCGAGGCCGCGAGGCCGCGUUGACGGUCAAGCGGCCGUUGACACGGCCGCGCCAACGGACAACCCCAGGGCGCGGCCUCCCGGGGAUGCCCGAUCCUGCGAGCGCGCCGGCGAGGGCUUCCCGCGGGGGUCGGCCUCGCUCGGCCGCCCCGUGGCCCGGACGGCGGAGGUCUACGGCGUGCCGACGCUCCCGGGGUGCUACAUGCGCCUGCCGGAGGGCUGCCCGUCCCACCACAAGAAGUCGACCCUGUGGCGGCACGACAUCUCGGCGGAGGACAGGAAGGUCGACGAGGCCAAGUGCAAGAGCCGCAAGAAGUACUGGGACGAGUACUGCGGCAGCAACUCCUCGAGGGUCAUGUUCAUCCCCGAGCCCGAGGAGCCCCAGCCGACGGAGGCGCACGGGUCGGGCCAGCUGGACGCGGAGGACCAGGAGAUCGCGGCCUACAAGGCGAAGCUGCAGGCGGCCGCGGAGGCGAGGCCCGCGGCGGCCGAGGCUGCGAGGGCGGUGGAGGCGGCGGCGCAGGCGAAGGCCGAGACCCAGGCCGAGACCGACCGGGAAGCGGCGGCCGCUGCGAAGGAGGAGGCGGAGGCCAAGGCCAAGGCGAAGGCGGAGGCGGAGGCUCGCGCAGAGGCGCAGGCCGCCCGCGAGGAGCAGGAGGCCGCGGCAAGGGCCGAGGCGGAGCGGAAGGCGGAGGCAGAUGCCAAGGCGAAGGCGGAGGCUGAGGCAGAGGCCAACGCGGCAGCCGAGGCGGAGGCCAAGGCGAAGGCCGAGGCCGAAGCCCAAGCAAAGGAAGAGGCGGAGGCCAAAGCCGAAGUGGAAGCCAAAGCAAAGGAAGAGGCGGAGGCCAAGGCGAAAGCAGAGGCAGAGGCCAUGGCGAAGGCAGAGGCGGAGGCCAUGGCGGCCAAAGAGAAGGCAAAGGCGGAGGCAGAGGCCACGGCAAAGGCGGAAGCGGAGGCGGAGGCCAAUGCAGUAGCUGAGACACAGGCAGACGAGGAUUUCUUGGUCCGGGUGAAGGCUGAAGCGGAUGCUCAGUCUGACAGGGAAGCAGAAGCGAUGGAGAGGGCAGCGGCAGAGGCAGAAACGAGGAUGAAGGCAGAGGCAGAGGCGGCGGCAAAGGCGGAAGCUGAAACGGAGGCUGCCGAAGAGGCACAGGCCAAGGCAGAAGCGGAUGCGCAAGCGAAGGCUGCGGCAAAAGCCCAGGCGAAAGCGGAUGAGGAGGCAAAGGCAGAGGCGGCUGCCAAAGCCGAAUCGGAGGCAAAAGAAAAAGAAGAGGCGGAAGCCAAGGCGAAAGCAGAGGCGGAUGCCCUGGCAAGGGCGGAGGCGGAGGCCAUGGCGGCAAAAGCAAAGGCAAAAGCGGAGGCGGAGGCAGAGGCCAUGGCGGCGAAGGCAGAGGCGGAGGCCACGGCGGCCAGGGCGAAAGCAGAAGCGGAGGCCGAGGCAGCUGCUAAGGCGAAGGCGGAGGGAGAGGCCAGGGCUAAGGCAGAGGCGGAGGCCGAGGCCGAGGCCAAGGCGAAAGCAGAGGCUAAGGUCAAGGCGGAGGCGGAAGCGAUUUCCAAGGCUGCAAAAACGGCCACAACGACAGGCCCUGCGCACCACAGGCCCGGCGAGGCGUCCCGCGCCGGCGAGGGCGCGGCCGUCGGGGACCCCCACAUGCAGAACGUCCACGGGCAGCGCUUCGACCUGAUGCAGCCGGGCACGCACACGUUGGUGCACAUCCCGCGCUUCUCCGCCAAGGCGUCCGCCAAGUUCCACGUGCAGGCCGGGGUGGAGCGCAUCGGCAGGGCCUGCGCCGACAUGUACAUCCAGAAGCUCAACGUGACCGGCCAGUGGGCCUACGAGCACCGCCAGGGCGGCCUGCACUUCGACGUGGCGGCGGCCCCCCGGCACAGGAAGGGCACCAACUGGAUGCGCUUCGGGAGGCGCAACCACCGUGUUGACAUGAAGGUCGUCUACGGCCACACCCCGUCCGGGAUCAACUACCUCAACUUCUUCGUCCGGCACCUCGGCGAGACCGGCUACCCUG